UGCACACCAAAUCAAACUUGCUCAUCUUCAUUCUUCCUUUUGCUUUAAUUUAAUUCCCAAUUAUCAUCUAAGAUAUCAUGGCAGUUUCUAUGGAUACCAUAGUUGGACCAUGGGGAUAUAAUGGUGGAGAUGUUUGGAGUUUUCGACCCGUCAGGAAGAUAAAUGAGAUAGUUAUUUCCUAUGGUGGUUAUGGUACCAACCCUAUUGCCCUAACUUUUUCUUGCAUUAAAGAUGAUGGUUCAAAAGAUACAAUCACAGUAGGAGGAAGUGGGCCGGAUAUCGUCACUAGUACUGACACGGUGAAAAUUGAUGGCGCGGAUGAAUACUUGACUGGGAUAAGUGGAACGACUGGAAUUUACCUGGAUAACAAUGUCUUACGAUCAAUAACGUUUACUACUAAUGUAAGAGAGUACGGGCCAUACGGCACCAUUGAUGAAACACCAUUCAAAUCCAACAUUCCAAGUGGGUACGAAAUUGUUGGAUUCCUCGGUCGUUCUGGAUACUAUAUUGAUGCUAUUGGUGCUUAUAUUGCACGUAAUUAAUUAUAUAUAUCAAACUUAAUAAUGCUCCAUUGGAACACGUCUAUGUGUUGAUUGUUGAAUAAGUUCCAAAUGGUUUGAAUAAUGUUGUAUUAAGUGUUGCUUGUUAAUUUUAUGUUUGUCAAAUGUCCUUUGAUGUAUGAGAUUUGUUGAUUCGUCAACUCUUGUUCAUACUUAUCAAUAAAUACCGUUAUUUUUAUA